AUGGCGAACCGGGGUUACGACGUGGUUGUAGACGUGGACGCCGAGGGCGACCUCGGGCAUACCGACCUGCAAGAGGACCUUGAAUUCCACCCAUCCAACUUUGAAAAUGACCAAGGCAGCGCCAAAGCGGCAGCUCUUCGCGCGGCCGCGACCGGUCCCCCUGGCGGCACCCCGACCAAGCACAGCUGGUGGUCAAUCCACUACUACGAACGAUUCUUCGACGUCGAUACAAACGAGGUGCUGCGUCGCUGCAUGGCUGCGCUCUACCCGCGCUCAAACUUUCUGGACGUUCUCGAGGGCCACGCCGACCUUUACGGACCUAUCUGGAUCGCGACUACCGUCGUGGUCAUUCUGUUCCUGACUGGAACUAUCUCGCAGUGGUUGUCGAAUAACGAUGAUAAGCAUUUUGAGUAUGACUUUACUCUGCUGUCUGGUGCGGCGGGUUUGAUCUACGGGUACACUGGCAUCCUGCCCAUUGCGCUGUGGGGUGCGCUGCGGUGGUUCGGAAGCUCGACGGCUGACCUGAUCGAGUGCUGGGCACUGUACGGAUACUCGAACUUGGUCUGGAUUGGUGUUGCCCUUGUUAGCUGGAGCCCGCUGACUGCGCUGAACUGGGCGCUCGUUGGUGUUGGCUUUGCGUGGACGGUCUUCUUCCUUCUGCGGAACCUGUACCCGGUCUUGAACGCUACGGAUGCCAAGGCUAGCAAGAUCUUGUUGAUCCUGGUUGUCGUUCUACAUGCAGGCCUGGCUAUUGCUAUCAAGAUCCUCUUCUUUGCGCACGCGAGCCCGGUGUCGAAGAAGAACAAGGACAAGGAUCAAGAAGAAGACAAGCAGCGGAUGAUGUUCUAG